AUGUCUGGGCGCUUUGAGAUGAGUGAUUUGGGUAAGCUGACGUAUUAUUUGGGGAUUGAAGUACGUCAGCGUGAUGAAGGGAUUACUCUGAGACAAGAGCGAUACACAAAGAAGAUAUUAGAAGAAACUAGGAUGCAAGACUGCAACCCGGUUCAUGUGCUGAUGGAUCCAAGUCUCAAGAUGUCAAAGGCUAGUGAUGAGGAAAGAGUUGAUGAAAAGGAGUACAAAAGAAACAUAGGGUGUCUCAGAUACCUACUUCACACCAGACCAGAUAUCUCAUACUCAGUCGGUGUGUUAAGUAGGUACAUGGCUGAGCCAAGGACCUCACAUGCGGCUGCUAUGAAGCAAGUUCUUCGUUACUUGCAGGGUACACCAUCUUAUGGACUAAUGUUUAAGAGAGGAGCGAAUGCGAAGCUGACUGGUUACAGUGAUGCAAGUCACAAUGUAGAUGAGGACGACGGAAGAAGCACCACUGGACACGUCUUCUACUUCUUUGACUCACCCAUCACUUGGUGUUCACAGAAGCAGGAAACGGUUGCUCUAUCAUCUUGCGAGGCAGAGUUCAUGGCAGGAACAGAGGCAGCAAAGCAAGCUAUCUGGCUUCAGGAUCUCUUUAGUGAGAUAGUUGGUAAACAAGGUGAAAGAGUGGUGAUUUACAUUGAUAACAAGUCGGCUAUAGCUCUCAGCAGGAAUCCAGGUGUUUCAUGGACGGAGUAA